AUGAUGAUUAUUAGAUUUUACGUUAUUUAUUUAUUAAAUUUUGGUAUUUAUCUAACAAUUGUGAAUUCAUAUGAUAAUGUUAAAAUUUUCAACGAUGAUGACAAUAAUAUGGACAUGUUAAAUGAAAUAAAACAUGAAAAAUUACCAGAAAAUUUUAUUAAAUUGCAUAGAGUUAAACGUGAUUAUCUAUCGAAUCCAAUGUUAAUCGAUCAGGAAUCAGUAUUUUCGACAAAUAUGUUACUAUCACCAACAACAACUUCAAUUUCACAGAUAAUGACGGUGACAGAAUCAACUACACCUCCGAUAUAUAUUAUCACAAGUUUUAGUACACUAGUCACUACAGUACAAACAACUACUUUAUCAUAUAAUCCUGAUAGUUGUUAUAUGAAAAAUUUUGUUCAAUUAUUUAAUGGUACCUGUAUAUCAAAAACUGAUGCACUAACAAUUGCAGUCAGUAUAUUAAAUAAUCGAUCUUAUGAUGCGACUAGUAUAGCCAAUGCUCUUUCAUUAUAUAUAAGUUCAAUUACAAAUUUAACAAUAAUACGAAAUCAAACGAAUGUUUUAUCAGUGAAUGCAAUUAAUAAGAUCAUUGAUAAUUUCGAUGGUGUUAAUUUAACUGUAAAUUCAAAUACAUCAUUUCUUAUGAUUCAACGACCAAAGAAAGGUGAUAAUAUGAUGGUUUUGGGUGCUUCAGUUAAACGUGGUAUGGGUGGUAAAAUUGUUGAUGCAACAAAUAAAGAAAAUAUAAUGCAUUCAUUUUUAUCAGCUGCAGCUAUUGUUAAUCAAGAGUCAUUAAAUGGUGUAAUAUCUUUUAAUAUGCUUAUUAUUGAUAAACCUACUGGAUAUGAAUAUGUUGAUAAUUCAACAAAUAAAAUACUUGCAUCAUCUGUUAUUGUCACUAGUCUACGACGAAACAAUUCUAAUUUUACUUCAAUAAUUAUUUCAUUAUAUUUUAAUCCUUUAGAUGAAUACAAACGAAAUGAAUCUGGAAAAUACUUAUGUUCAUUUUAUGAUACAAAAAGUUUCCAAUGGAAUGAAUCUGGUUGUAGUGAUGCACAGUAUAAUAACGAAUAUAAUCGAUAUGAAUGUGUUUGUAAUCAUUUAACUUCUUUUGCUCUUAUUUGGUUACCAGAAGCAUUAUUAAUAGAAACUGGUACACAGAAACUUGAUGCACAAGAUAUUGCUUCACUUAUAUUUCAAUCUAUAUCUAUUUUAUGUUUUCUAGCAAUUAUUAUUCAUGCAAUUAGGCUGCGUAUUAUAAAAUCAUCAAUAGAUAUCCAAGCACUUAAUUUACUUCCAUUAAUCUCAACGGCAAGUACAACCAUACUUUUUAUUUUUUUUAUUAUACUUUCUAUGGUUGUAUAUACACAAACAUCAUCUUCAAAUCAAACUCAAUGUUUUUUUAGUUCAAGUAUAUUGAUGUUUAUUGUUUACUUCUUAUUAAUUUUUAUGUUUUGCGUCAAAACAAGUGUUGGAUAUUUUUAUUAUUUACGUUUUGUUCGUCUUUUUCCACCACCAUCACAUCGAAAACUUUUAAUUAUGCUUAUAAUCUCAUUUAUUAUUUCUCUUUUAUGUGUUGUUUUGGCAAUUGGUUUUAAUAGCAAUUCAUCGUAUAAUAUUACACAAUUAUAUCCAUAUAAACUUUGUUGGUUUACUCGAAAUGUUAUUUAUUAUUUUCUAACAAUACCUAUUUGUAUAUUUCUUUUACUUAAUAUUAUAACAAUGAUUCUUGUUUCCAAAAGUAUAAUUACUUAUGUACGUAAUGCUACUUAUGUACGUAAUGUUCCAAUAUCUGGGCAAAUAAAUGAACGAUUAAAACGAAGUGUUCUUGUUUUAUUAUCAUCGUGUGUAACACAAGGUGUUGGAUGGUUAUUUGGUCCAUUUAUAUCAUUUAUAAGUCCAACAGCUGGAAAUAUUUUAGGAUGGAUUUUUAUUAUAAUGAAUGGAUUCGAAGGUGUUUGGUCAAUAAUUUUGUAUGUACUAAUUCGAUUACAACAAAUGGAUAAGCAAAGACACAUUUCAGCUGCAAUAGAACUUUUAAAAACAAUUGAUGUUCCAUCAAGUUUUUCUCAACUUAUUCCUAUAUUAUCAUUAAAUGAGACAUGUUGGCCAACAGCAAAUAAUUUAACAUGUGUUCUAAAUAAUGUACUUUUUGGAUAUAAUAAACAAUUGAGACCUAAUCAUACUGGAGAUCCAAUUCAUGUUCAAGUUUAUUUGAUGGUUAUUACUUUAGGACCUAUUGUCGAAUUAGAUAUGUCAUUUAAAAUGAAUUUAUUUUUUCGUCAAAUUUGGACUGAUGAACGUCUUACUUUACCUAAUAAAAUAUCAAAUGUAUCUGUAUCAACAAAAUUACUUAGUGCAAUAUGGAAACCUGAUACAUAUUUUAUGAAUUCUCAUUCUGGUUUUCUUCAUACAACACCAACACUUAAUCAUCUUUUACGUAUUCUUGAACAUGGUCGAUUACUAUAUUCAAGUCGAUUAACGAUUACAGCUUAUUGUUCAAUGCUCUUACACAGAUUUCCAUUAGAUGUUCAAACAUGUUCAUUAAUUUUAUCAAGUUAUGCUUAUGGAACACGUGAUGUUAUUUAUGAUUGGAAACUUGAUGAACACAAUGGUGUAGAAUUAGAACGUUUAAAACUGUCUCAAUUUGAUUUAUUUAAUUAUAAAAUUUCAAAAAGAGAAAUUCAAUUGAAUGAUCGAAAUCACUCUGUACUUCAACUUGACCUUCGAAUGCGUCGUAGUGUUGGUUAUUAUUUAUUACAAGGUUAUAUUCCAGCAGCAUUACUUGUUAUUUUAUCGUGGAUAUCAUUUUGGAUUGAUAGUGAAGCAACAGCCGAUCGAGUUUAUAUUGGUAUUACUUCUAUACUUAGUCUUACAACACUUGCACUUGAUAUUCGUUCACAUAUUCCAGCUGUACCUUAUUUAACUGCUAUUGAUUAUUUUUUUAUUAUUUGCUAUUUAUUUUUACUUGCUUCAUUAAUUCAAUAUACUGCUGUGCAUCGUUAUCUUGAAUAUGGUCAUUCAUUAACUAAUACACGUACUAGUGAAGAUUUAUGUGAAUCAGCAAGACAACAAAAUAUUUCAAUUGCAACUCGUUCAUCGAAUUUAUAUGUGUUAAGAUCUAGUCGUGUACCAAAAGUUCGUUCAGUAUCACAUGCUCGUCGUGCAACAGUUGGUGUUGUUGCACAAGGCUUACUUUUUUUAAGACAAAAAGCACCAUUACAUAAACUUGAUCGUCUUGCACGCAUUGGAUUUCCAGUUUUAUUUGUUCUUUGCAAUUGUGUUUAUUGGUAUAUUUUUGUUUUUUAUACAUCUGAAUAA